UGAUUAAUUUUGCGACAACGAUUGCUAAAAUUGCGCGUAUUACCAACUUAGCUCAUGAAGCGUAUAACGAGCUCCAUGGAAGCAACCGAAGAUGGUGGGUCCGUCCGGUUAACAUUACACGCGAGGAAGAAGGAUUUUUUAAAACAUGUAUUCAACAGCUUAAAGAAAAGGAUGAGGAGCUUUUUUUUAAAGCAACUCGGAUGAACGUUUCUAGCUUAAAUUCAUUGUUGUCACUGCUAAAAGAAAGAAUGGAGCGAUUUUCUAAUAGGAAGGCAAUUGAUCCUGAGACGCAUUUGGCGGUAACACUUAUUUUCUUAGCACAAGGAUGCAAUUUCCAUGUGAUUUCUUGGGCUUACAAGCUUGGAAUUUCAACUGUUCGGAAAAUCAUAUAUGAAACAUGUCACGCUAUUUGGGAUGAGUUACAGGUUGUCUAUUUGUCACCUCCAAACGUAAGCGAACUUAAAGCCAUUGCAAACAAGUUUUACGUAAAGACUGGCAUGCCUAGUUGCUUAGGAGCUAUUGAUGGGAAGCACAUCCGUAUAGCCAGUCCAAGGAACAGAGGAUCAUUGUACUACAGUUAAAAAAAAAACGUUUAGCAUUGUACUAAUGGCGGCUUGCGAUGCUCAUUAUGUGUUU